AUGAUAGCUGAGGCUGUUGGAGAGGAAAGCAAUGAGAGAGCAGCAGCAACAGCAGCAGAUGCAGAAACACUAGCAGCAGAAGAGAAAGCUGAACAUGAACAAAAAGAAGCAACACGCGUUGCUGAGAUUGCAAAACAUAUAACACAACAAGCAACAGAAAAACUACAACAAGCAGCAGAAAAAACAGAAACUGAGGCGGAGAAAGAAAUAGUUGAAUCCAUAGGAGAAGUACAAACUCAAGUGCUUUCAGAUAUACAACAAAGCGAAGAAGAAGAACAGAAAGCCAUUCAUACACAAGAAAAAGCAGAGAAAGAAGAUAAAGAAGAAAAAGAAGAAAAAGAAGAAAAAGAAGAAGAAAAAGAAAAAGAAGAAAAAGAAGAAAAAGAAGAAAAAGAAAAAGAAAAAGAAGAAAAAGAAGAAAAAGAAGAAGAUAAAAAUGCAACAGAAAAAGAAGAUGAAUCUGAAGGUGAUAAAGAUGAAGAAGAAGAAGAAAAAGUAUUUAUUUUUUUUUCGUUUUAG